AUGAGGCUUUCUCUUCCUUUCAUAUUACCGGUCUUAGGGUUCUUAUCUCUACCAGCCCAUUCAAGCAGUUUAUUCCCGUUCGAGAAAAUACAAUUGACUCGAGAACACAUAGAGAGCCUACCGGACGACCAAGCUAAACUCUUCGCCUUUGGAGGUCAAUUUGACGAGAACUCAGCACAAGCACAGGAAACAGCGAACGCAGCAGCUCGAUGUCGUUACACGCCAUCCGACGGGAAAUGGCCCUCCACUAAGGCAUGGCAAAAUCUCGCCAAGCAAUUGAGUGCAGAGAAUGUCCUCCUCAAGCCCACUCCUCAGUCCGUGGUGUGCUAUCCGGGAACAGCGGAGAACAAAGCCAAGUGCCAGGAUGUGACGAAGAACUGGAGCAAUUCACAUGUCCAGACGAACGACCCGAUUGAAGUCCUGUCGCCCGUUUUCCAAGGCCUGACAUGUACACCUCCUACUAUAUUCAAUAGUGGAAACUGUACGCAGGGAGGAUACCCGACCUAUGUCAUUAACACAAAGACCGUAUUGGAUAUUCAGCUCGGCAUCAAUUUCGCUCGCAAUAAUGGACUGCGACUUGUUGUUAAGAACACUGGGCACGACUUCACGGGAAAAUCUGCUGGUGCCGGAGCGCUGAGCUUGUGGACGCAUGGCCUGAGAGAUUUGGAGUUUAUCAAGAAUUAUGUUGACGGAAGCGGAUAUAAAGGCCCGGCGAUUAAGGCGGGUGCAGGCGUCCAGGCAUUUGAACUCUACAAGUUCGCCAAUGAAAAAGGAGUGGUGGCUGUAGGCGGCGAAGGCCAGACAGUAGGGAUCAUGGGUGGUUACAUCCAAGGAGGCGGUCACUCUCCCCUCAGCUCUUUAUUCGGCAUGGCAGCCGACCAGGUACUCAGCCUCGAAGUUGUUACUCCCACCGGCGACUUCGUCACUGCAAACGCAACCAGCGAACCUGACCUCUUCUGGGCCCUCCGAGGCGGCGGCGGAGGUACCUUCGGAGUCGUCACAUCCGUCACUAUCAAAGCCUUCAAAGACAUGCCCGUAACCGCCGCCUCCUGGAGUCUCUCCAGCACCACUCUCGGCAAAGACAAGUUCUGGGCAGCCGUCAAGGCCUACAUGGAUCUCAUUCUCUCUCACGUCGACGCCGGCACUUAUAGCUACUAUACCCUUUCCCCCGUCGGCAAAGACUUCUCCUUCGCAAUGCAACCCUUCUUCGCCCCCAACCAAACAGCACAACAGGUGAACUCCCUACUCCGCCCCUUUUUCUCCACCCUCACAGCCCUAAAUAUCCCCUUCUCCCCCAAAAUCACAGAAUACAAAUCCUUCUAUCCCGCAUGGCAAGCCGAAUUCCCCCUGGAGCCCCAGGGUGCUGUCUCGGGCGCCCCGGGAUCGCGUCUCUUCCCGCGCUCCAACUUCGCCUCCGAAACCGGACGGAACAUCACCUUCAAUGCGAUCAAGCAGAUGGUGGAAACGGGACAUUCAAUUCUUGGCUUCCACAUGGCGCCCACGCUUGCCCGAGGCGGGAAUGUCGACAACGCCGUUAAUCCCGCCUGGCGCAACGCAGUCAUGCACGCAAUCGCCUUACUCAACUGGCCAGUCCCGUCGUCGCCUUCGUCCAUCUUAUCGUCGUGGAAUGCCUUCUCCAAGCAGACGCUGCAGAAGUGGAGAGAUAUUACACCCGGCUCGGGCGCGUAUUUGAACGAAGCGGAUCGGUUGGAGCCGAAUUGGCAGCAGAGUUUUUGGGGGAGCAAGUAUGCGAGGUUGUUGGAGAUUAAGCAGGCGGUUGAUGUGAAAGAUGUGUUUUGGGCGGCUAACGCGGUGGGGAGUGAGGGGUGGGUAGUGGAGACUGUAGAUGGGCUGCCUGGGGAGAAUGGGAAGUUGUGUCGGGUUAAUGGGACGGUGACUGCGGUGGGAGAGGUAUAG